AAGUGGUGAAACAUUGUAUUGAUUUCGAAAUUCAAUAUAGUAGCAGUAUUUAGGUAAAUUUAAGCUAACUGUUGUGCCGUCAGCAGCUGGAAAGGUACUAUAAAUCCGCUCAAGCUACCAUGUUCGAAUUGUUCACGAUAUUUAGCGAGUGUCUGCAAAUCGUGUGCAGUAAUCCAACUUGAGAAUUUGUGUUAAAUUCAAGGAAUUUUCAAUUUAUAAUUCUGAAGAAUUUAAAUCUCUGCAAGAAAUUACUUCGUCAUCUUGCUGAGACCCUAGAUACGGCGUGGCCUGCCAUGGGGCAUGGAGGAGGGUAAAGAGAAGGUCGUGUAUGUGCUCGCUGGGUCACAGGUCAAGACUAUCGCUCUGUCGGCCAACAUCACCACUGAUGGCGUCAGAGAAUUACUACGGAAAGUCGCCAAUGCCGGCCAGUGUGAUGUCAUCAAACUUUGUCGAUCAGACGGACAAUUGAUCAACCCAAGUGCCGACCUCAUGCCAAACUCGCCGUCCGAUCCCUACAAGAUCUACUUGGCCGCUACCUCGUACCAAGAGGCCAAAAUCAGCCAGCUCGACCUGAACCUCAUGGACCUCGAGACCAGACUGCGUGCGGUGGAGCAGACGGUGGCGGUGCUGAGGUCAGACCUUCCUCCUGUCGUGGCUGACCUGCGCAACGCAGUGGACACCAUCAGGCGCAGUCUGGAAGCUACGCACAUUUUAUAUUAUAUUGUAUUAUAUAAUAUUAUACUAUAAUAUAAGGGAGAUGGCAUCCCGUGUCCCCGGUCAUACCGCGCGAGCUCGCACCCCUACUGGGAGCGAGUGCACUACCGGCGCAAGAUGGAGGAGGACGUCUCGCUCGUCUUCGCGAGGUUCCGCGAGAUUUGGGACUCGGUGGUUGUUGAAGAGACUGCUCAGUGUUUGCGGCUCCCAACUUUCAACAACUGGGCCUGGGACGACAGCGAAGUGCUGAUGCUGCUACAGCACAUGUAUAAGGACCUGGGGCUGCUGGAGAAGUUCGACAUCGAGAUCGGUGUGCUGAGGAACUUCUUGUCGGUGGUGUACCUGCACUACAACCAAGUUCCCUUCCAUAACUUCCACCACGCCUUCUGCGUCACCCAAAUGAUGUACGGCCUGAUCUGCAAGUGCCGGCUGCAGGAGCGUCUAGGAGACCUGGACGCCAUUAUCCUCCUCACCUCCUGCAUCUGCCAUGACCUCGACCAUCCUGGCUUCAACAAUAUUUAUCAGAUCAACGCGCGCACUGAGCUGGCGCUGCGCUACAACGAUAUUUCUCCCCUCGAGAACCAUCACUGCUCCAUCGCAUUCCAGAUACUAGAGCGACAUCAGUGCAACAUUUUCCGGAACGUGAGUCACGAACAAUACCGACGGAUCCGCGAAGGUGUGAUCCGCUGCAUCCUGGCCACUGACAUGGCGCGGCACAACGAAAUUUUGCGGGACUUCAGGGAAGUUAUCCCAGACUUCGACUUUUCGAACCGGGCCCAUGUCAAUCUGCUCUUCAUGAUCCUGAUCAAAGUUGCCGACAUCAGCAACGAGGCGCGACCUCUGGACAUCGCUGAGCCUUGGCUCGAGUGUCUCAUGCAGGAAUUCUUCAACCAAUCAGACCUGGAGAAGCUAGAAGGUCUGCCGGUGUCGCCGUUCAUGGACCGGGAGAAGGUGACGAAACCGACCUCGCAAUGUUCCUUCAUCGGCCUCGUGCUGCUGCCGCUCUUCGAGGCGCUGGGGGAAGUUCUUCCUGAACUCGAGGAUCUGAUAAUAAAGCCAGUUCGCUACGCGCUGGAACAUUACAGGCGUCUAAAGGACAUGAACAAGCGGCCAUCCGAAGUGCGCAUCGAGCACUUAACUCUUGCCUCCAAUCCUGAAGAGGACGAAAUUGACGGGAAAGAUACAAAUUUUUCCAUUACAAGCGAGUCUCCAAAGUGUCUGUCAAAUUCAUCGAUAAACGAAACCCGUCGUUCGUCUCUAGCUAAUCAAGUAGUGGAAAAAAUAAGGGAGGAUUAUAUUGGAAGCAUGCGUUCCUCAAUCGAAUCGUCGAGAUCGUCUUUACUCCAGCGAAGUUUGGAUGCGUCUAGUCCAAUAGCUGAAGACGUUUCCGGCUCACUGGAAGGCCUGACAGAAACAGAGGUCGACGUUAUGGAAAGAACGUCCAGGUUCAAAAUAUCCACUGAGGCUCCACUGGUCGCGUCACAGAAAAGCAGUUUUGAAAGACGGCCGAGUUGGGACGGACGCCAAAAUGGUGACAGGAAGAGCAGUUGUGAUAGUGUGGAUGGCAGGGCACGUAGAAGUGAAUGUAGAGUCGGGGCUGAGGGUAGAGGUAGAGACACUCUGGGUAUAGUUGGGCGUUUAUACAGCAAAGAAGUUAGUGAUGAAAAUUCCGAUUAUCGUGCAGUAUCUCUUAAAAAUGCAAGUGCCAGUGAAUUACAUAAGUUAUCUGCUAAGCGUGCGAGGACGAAUACAAUAACGUACAGCUUUGAUGAAGGAAAUAAUUACAAGUUUGACUGCAAAGAUAUUAUACCACUUUCCUCCUCACUUUCCGAACAAGAGGACUCGAUCAUUGCUAGGUUCAAGAAGCUGACUGGAGCAGGAAGAAAAUCCUGCGUGGAAAUUUCUAGCGACGAAGAGUCUGUGAAAAAUUCCCUCCACUCCAACAACGGAAUUAAAAUCAAAGUCAAGCGAACUAGAAGCAAAUCGGUUGCCGAUCAACCCAACACAAAUAGAACUUAUUCCCUUGCCAAAAGUAAAAUCAACUUUAGGUCAACCAGACCUCCAUCCAGCGUGACUAAAGUUGAUGUAGCUAAAUUGAUCGGCACAGGAACCAAGUUGCAGCCUCUGGUGUCAUUGGCGAGAACAGCUAGAAGAGCGUCUCAUUGCUCCUCUAUCGUAUAUCAAGCGGGUAGUUCACCGCCCUCCGAAAAUUGUAGCGCAACUGGAAGCGUAUCUAUAAGACCCGAGAAAUCACCCAAAGAUCGUAAGAAGUUCAGUGUUUCUAUGGAUAUGCUACCUUCUCGCAAUGAUACGAAAUUCGAUCGCACCGGGGAGGCUGGGGAGCUGAACCCAUCGGCGUCUUCGGAGGACAAUCUCAUCAAGACCCAGUCUCAGCCAGCCAGUCUUUCUUCGUCGCCAAAAGUUCACAAGAAGAAAAGUGAGGCCUCGCGUAAUUUAAUAUUUUCAUUGCUGAAAAGAACUCCCGCUGCCAAAGAAGAGCCAGACGAGCCCCGCCAAAACACGUUAUGAUGCUUGUUUUCGUGCGUCUCGGCCAGGAGAGCAAGUAAUCCCGAGAUCACGUCGAGAACAGCUCGGAAUCGAGGCUGCACUUUAAUUUAGUCUUGCCUAAAUGUCAUCAAUUGUUAUUACGUAUUAUAGCUUUAAGAAAAACUUUGAACACUUUCUAAAUGAUCUAAGUUCAAAUAAAAAAAUAUGAACUAUUCAUGUGCCAUAGAAGGAGUGUCUUAAGCAAAGGAGAACGACGGAACGAUUUCAUAAUUAUCUAUGGUCGGACAUGUUGGUGCCAGAUUAAUAUUAUAAUGAUGCACAGACUUACUUUAAAAAUAAUGUGUGCUGCAGAUCGGAAAUAUUGGUGUACAAGAGCGGUAGGCAUCGGUAAGAUAUUGCGGGUUCUAGAAUUUAUUUUCGGCCUUGAGGUGGAGCAUGACAGAACUGGGGUACACUAGAAUAGUCAUCAAUGAAUCUAUUUUAUUACUAUAACGUUUCCUAGAAGCCUAUUUUCUGAAUGAAUAAUAUUUUGUAUUUAAAAAUAUAUCUUCGUAUCUAUGCUAUUCCAACAUGCUCGUAGCUUUUUCUAGUAAGUGAACUUUGUGAAUGUUGCAGGAGUUUGGAGGGCAUGACAAAGCAUAGAUAUUUUUACUGGCUAUAGUGUGAAGAAUUUUAUACUACGUAUUAAAACAUUAAUUUGAAUCAAUUCCGAAUUAAAUCUAAAGUAAGUUUGAAAUAUUAAUCCAGAAAUACACGUUAGUUUCUAUAACUAAUUUAAUUAGUAAUGGUGAUUAUACCGUGAAUAUCCGAAAUAUCAAAAGUAAAAAUGCGACAUGAUGAACCACAUGAACUUUUAUAAAUUGGUAAGAUACAAAGUUUUUGUUAUUUUAAAAUUCGACAGCUCAGGUUAAAGCCAUCAAAAGAAUAACACGCGAGUCAAGCCUUGGGCCGGCUUGAGCGAAAUCUUCGAAGUAAAAUGAUUAAUAAUUAUUUAAGUGAAUGUUUGGGUGUAUAAAUAGUGAGUUAAAAGCUUUAUUCGUGUCAGUGUUCAUUGUAAGAAUUAUUACUUUAUGUACAGAAGCAUCUAAUCGUCUCUACUCUGGGUUCUCUUGCAAAGAUAUUACGAAGAUACGCAUUAUUUGGAUAAUCUGUUACUCUUACACAGCAGUGAGCUAAGCUACUUGCAUCACUAUAUUAAACUCUGUUCAUUUAGUAUUAUGUUCUUAGUAAUUAACAUCGGUCAACAUUUAUAGAGCCACGAAACCUAAUAAUCAUUAAAAUGCCUAUCGGAUUAAUGUCCAUCGACUCAUUUUCUUUACGUCAGAGAACAAGAGAGAGAGAAGUCGCUUCAGGCUAAACAAUUUUGAUCAAUGUAACUGGUGAAAAUAAUUGAAGAUCACGAGUUAAUAUAAGAAAUUGAUUCCCCUCGAUAUAUAUAUCCAAACUACAAAUUUUCACGCCUAUCAAUGAAGAAAUGAAACAACUUUCUCCCAAAAAAUUUCUAGGUUAUUUUCAAUUUUGACAGAUUAUUUUAAGUAAAGUAUGCUGUACGCUUCUGCAGAGCCCUCAUUAGUCAAUAUCUGCAACUAAAUCAUAACAAAAUCGAACUAAAUAAAAGUAGGUAAAACUAAUCUUGAUAAGCGUUUAUUUUCCGCUCUCUGGCACUGGAAAUAAAAAUUAUUCGUUAUUUUAUCGAGCUUUGUCACUCAUGACCGAAGUUAUUAUGAAUACCAGCUUCGCUCCUCAAAACCAUACAAAUAAAAGGCCCUUAUCAUUUAAAUUGGGCUUACUACACAUAUAUAGGCAGAAUUAUAAGGCCCAUAGUUUGUUAAUUAAUAUAACUGCAUGAAUUUAAUUUUUUAUCGAUGUUCUAGCUGGUCUAGACUUCUUAAGAGUUUUAACAGCGGUGCUAGAAUUAUUGUUAUGUAUAGAUAUUCUGAAGAUAUUCCUGAUAUUCUGGAUGUGUGUGAAAUAAAGAAAUAUUUAAGAUACAUGUGAUAAUGUAUUCCCUGACACAUAUCUUAAUAAUGUAAACUAUUAUAUAAAGGAAACAGAUCACAAUAAUUAACAAAUUUAGUUUCUAUCCAGUUAUACAAAUUUCAUUCCCGUAUAUUCAUUUUAAUUACUUGAAUUUAUCUUAAUG